AUGGCAGAAUCACCAGAUAGCCAAAUCUCUGACCCUAUCUUCGAUAGAUUUGAAGAAGGGUCGGAUGCUAUCUCAAGUAGGAAUACAGUCGCAACACCCGAUUCUGAAAUCUUCCCUCCUGAAAGUCCUUGGCAAAAUUAUACUACGCUUGAUCCAAGAACAAAAUCUUGGCAGUUGGCUGCGUCUUUGUCCCUAGAAGAGCAGGUUUCUUUACUCGUGGCAGCGGACUUUUGGAGAUCGAAAUCGAUUCCUUCUAAGGGAAUACCGGCAUUCAAGACUUCCGAUGGCCCAAAUGGUGCUCGUGGGGCAAUUUUCAAGGCUGGAACAAAGGCUGCGUUAUUUCCAUGCGGUAUAUCACUAGCAGCAACAUGGAACACCGAUCUUAUUCACAAAGUCGGGCAACAUCUUGCUGAUGAAACCAAAGCUCGAUCGGCCCAGGUUUUAUUGGCACCAACUGUUUGUUUACAUCGCAGUCCAUUGGGUGGAAGGAACUUUGAAUCUUUCUCGGAAGACCCUUUCCUUACAGGAAAACUCGCUGUCGCUUACAUCAAAGGGUUGCAGGAGAAAGGUGUUGCCGCAACGAUAAAACAUUGA